AAUGUGCUGCAUGCUAACUUUCUCGUGUUGCGGAGGCUAACCAGUCAGUUCAGCGCUGAGUCUAGUCCAGCAGCCUGUCAACAACUCUGAAACCUGAGACUGGAUAGAGAGCCAGACAGCUAGCUAAGUAAACCUGCUAAGUUAGCUGCUCCGCUAGCCCCUGUAUUAACGAACUGUCACGACUCUUCUUCCAGUGGCUUAAAGUGUUGAUCUAAAGUUGUUUCGGGGAGGAAAAAGGAGGACCUGACUUCCCUGUUUGGCUCCUUCAACUCCCCCCCUCCUCCUGCGUGAUAUGACAUCGCUGCUGGGGAACUACAAAAGCCAGAGCUCUACGGCAGACGGUUGACAUCUUGUCAGGUGCUGUUGAAGAGGAUGGCUGCUCAGGUGGAGGUUCAGGCUGGGGAAGUAGUGAGGACAGGGGUGGGAGGACGACUUCACCUGAGUCCCCUCACUGACUCUAGCAACAAGACUCUCAUUGAGAUCCCUUCCAUCAACCAGUCCCAUAUCAUCACUACAGAGCCGAACAAGCCUGUACCAGGUCCCAAGCCAAGGCUCAGCCCCAAACCUUUUUCUGUAGAGAGAAACAUCACCAUUAAACCCAUACUUGCCCCCAAGCCUCAACCCAAACCCCGACUAGAGACCACUCGCCUUCCUGUGCAGAAACCAGAGCCUCCAAGCAGUCCAAAGCCACAGCAACCAUCUUCCACAGGCAGACCAAGACCAGUGUCAACCAAUCCCAUCCAGCCUACCUCUACUACAUUUAAAACGUCUAAUAGAUUGAGCACUGGACAAACUACCAAGCCUGUAGUCCAUCCAUUCAAACCAGCCCCUCCUCUUAUCCCCGGAGACCCUGGCAAACCCAUUUCUCCUGCACCGACAGUGAGGCAGAGACCUUCUGCAUCAAGCUUAGCCUAUGCCAAGAGCUUUAAGAAACUUCCAGCAGAGUGGUCUGGAUUCACUAAGAAUGAAGAUGAGAAGGAUCAGAUGGGACCGAGCAAAGGAGGUCCCUCUAUUGCGAGAGCCAAGUCCAUGGGUUCUCUUGAUCUGUUGGGGCAGGAGGAAGAAGAAAACACAAAAGCUAAACCUGAGGCAACAGUGCAACUCAGACCCCACCCCAGAGGCUCUAGGACUAGACCUGUUUCUGCCAUUUUCCUUGACAGUCCAAACAAGACAGAGGCAUCGGCUCCUGCCCCUCGCUGGACUGGAAGACGACCACUCUCAGCUGAUCUGACAUCCAAAUUUGAGUCUAUUGGUCUUUCACUACAUCGUAAAACUCCCAAUGCAAACACUAAAGAAAACACUCCAGAAGAGAAGGUGGUACCCCUGGUUAAAGAGACAGAAAAAACUCAGAACUAUUCCACACCACAGAGCACUGAUGUUGAAGCUACACCAGCAGUCUCAGACCAAAGCAAAGAAAAAACUGAAGAACUGACAGCCAAGGAACCCGAUGAGUAUAAACGUGCUGUCAGCAUCAAGAAACGAAUCAGUCUACUCCUUGAUUCAUCUGCCUCUCCUGUUGCUGCCACAACAGACCAAGUGUUUGAGGUUCAGACUCCAGUGCAGCCAAUCCCUGAAACUGAACCAGGUGUGGGUGUUAAACAGCUGAUCAAGCAGCUCACAGUGGACUCGACACCAACACAGAGCCCUGUCCUGAAACCCUCUCUGAAGCCCCGCCCCUUGCCCCUCGACCUGACUAAAAGGUUUACAUCCGAGAGGUCACCAGACCCUGGCGGUGUUCCCUUCUCUGAGGCGACAGAGCGCCAUGACAUCAGCAGAGAUUCUCAGAUGAGGAUUGAAGAGUCAGCUGUCACCCCCAGCGAGCACAGGAUAUUCGUGGAUUUUCAAGAUUCUCAAGAGCCGCUCGUAAAGGCCUCUAUGGAUGGGGGACCAGAGGCUGAACAGACAUUUGACUCCACUUCCAGGGAUUCUGCUCCAAGCGCUGACGUACAGAAAGUGAGAGCAUCCCUGUUUGAAAAUGUUGUAGAGAGACACAGCGUGAUGAUGUUGGAUGAGGGCAAGGCCAAGGAUCCCCUCAGCAGCCCGUUGUUCAGGAGAGAAAGUAGUGAUGAGGGAACCCUGGUCACUGCCAUCUAUAAAGAGCCUGUAUCUCCAUCAAGUCCUCUGCGUGUGUUGCAUUCCUUUGACACUGUGCAGGCAGUGGAUGAAAGCAGGGCAGUGAGCGAGAGCAUCCCAUCAGCCCAGAGGGAGGAUAAGGCCAUGACACUACGCUCCAGACGCUCAGAAGGGAGCAGGCCAACAGAAGAGAGGAACACUGAACCAGCUUUGUCAGGAAUGCCAGAACAACAGCCAAGAUAUCUGAGGGUUGGCGCGUUGCCUAAGUGGAGCAUCACAAGUUUACAACAAGAUGCAAGCAAAGAGCCACAACAGGAAGGACAAGCAGCUUUGGAAACAGGCAGAGACAGGCAGAGAGAGGCAGAACAGGGGGAAGUCGCUGCAGCACCAAAACGUUUGAAAAUGCUGCCGGCAGACGAACAGCCCAAACCCCGGGCAACUUACUUUGCUUUGACUGGACAAAUACAGGAGCCAGUUUCUCCAAGCUUAGACGUGAAUUCGCCCUUUGAUGAUCCGUCUGUGAGGUCUGCUUUGGGCACUGCUCAAGGAAAGGUUCAUCCAAUCAGGAGAAAUCCAUCACUGGAUGAAGCUUAUGGGAAAAUCUCUCAGGAUCAAGUUGAGGAGUCUACAGACAAACAGGCGAUGGGUGAAAUGAUGGAAGUUGAGAAGAAAAGAGAACUAAUAAAGGAGGCAGAGCGAAAAAAAGCAAAAACGAAGGAGCUUGAGAGAGAAAAGCAAAGACAGCUUGAGUUGGAGAACGAAGCACAUUUAGACUUUGAACGAAUGAAGGAGAGGGAGAGGCAAAGAGAUUUUGAAAGGCAAAGACAGAAAGCCUAUGAGAAGGAGAAACAGGAUGCGCUGGAAAGACAGAGACUGAUAGAGCUUGAAAAGCAGAAACUGCAAGAACUGGAGAGAGAGAAGCAGGAAAGAGAACGGCAACGGCAACGUCAACUUGAGAAAGAGAAACGGCGAGAAAUAAAGAGAAAGAUGGAGUUAGAGAAGAUGAGAGAGGAGGAAAAGGAGAGGCAGCGUGAACAGGAUCGGCAGAGACAAAGGGAGGAAGAAAGGCAGAGAGAGCUGGACAGGGAAAGACAGCUACUGGAGAACCAAAAAGAGAAACAGAGGAUCGAGGAGCUGGAGAGGAUCAAAGAGUUGGAGAGACUGCAGCUCCUGGAGUUUCAAAAACAAAAGCAGAGAGACAUUGAGAGGCAGCAGAUCAUUGAGAUGGAGAAGCAGAGACUUAGAGAGAAGAUGGAGAGAGAGGAGGCCGAGAAAAUUAAGCAGAUGGCACUAGAACAGGAAAUGUUAAGAUUGAGAGAGAUUGACAAAGAAAGGGAAAAACAACGGGAGAUGGAGAGAGAGCUUGAGAGGGAAAAGCAGGAGAGACAGAGACAAAGAGAGAUAGACAGAGAGAGACAGAGAAAGCUAGAUAUUGAGAGACAGGAAUUAGAAAACCAGAGGCAGAGACGAGAACUAGAAAAGGAAAGGCGGAAGAAGGAGGAAAUGGAGAGAAUCAAAGAGAUGGAGAGGAGACAGUUCCUGGAGUUUGAAAAGCAGAAGCAAGCAGAUAGGGAGAAACAGCAGAUUCUGGAGCUGGAGAGACGUAGACUGCGGGAGAAGAUAGAAAGAGAGGAGGCAGAGAAAAUGAGACUGAUCGCCAAACAGCAAGAAGGAGAAAGACAAAGACUUAAGGAGAAGCAGAAGAAGGAGGAACAGGAGAGGGCAAAGUUGGAGGCAGCAGCACUCAGACCCGGAGUGGUGGAUCUGGACUCUGUGCUCCGAAAUGACCCCUAUUCCAAGGCGUCCUCUCAGCAUAGCGAUCCUGCAACAAGAUGGAAAGAGCCAUCUCCGAGAGCAGAGGAGUCAUACAAGCCUGCCAUUCUUGACAUAGACUCCUUCACAUCUCAAGCCCAGCUCUACCCCAGCAAAGACUUGUUUCCUGUAUCUGGUAUCCAGGGUGGAGAUUCUGGGUUUGGAGUUCCAUUGCAGCCUUCUCCUGAGAGAGAUAUUACCUGGAAGGUGCCAGUACAGACUACAGCUGGUUUCUCAAGCGCGGUAUGGACAACAACUCCUCAGGAUCCGUGGGAGCUGCGGCCUGUUGAGAUGUCUGUGGACAAACCUGUAGCCGAUCCCAGAAAAACAGCCAGCAAAAUGAACCCAGAUCAGCUCCUCCUCAGGCUCCAGGGAGAGCGGACCCAGACUCCACAGAGGCACUGGCAGGAUGAGCCGGUUCUCUUGUCGCCUCUUGCUGGAGGAGAGGCCAAAACAGAAGGCCCUGCAGGUGGGGUCUCCAGCAGCACUACUGCAGAGAAGAUAUGGCUGCCACUGCCUCCAGACAGCAGGGCAGAUGUUCGGAGUCACAGGAGAUCACAUGGAGCUCAGGAGCUGAACAGGAUGCGGUCUCGCAGUGUGUCCCGGCGAUCGGCCCCUUCCAGCAGUGCUGUGGAGGGAAGCCUGUCCAGGAUGAGGAGUCGCAGCGCCCACAGAGAGCAGGACCACCACAGCUUGGAGCAGCAGAAGCAAGCUGUCAGCGGCGAAGAGGAGGGGAGGGACGCUGAAACACCGGUCCAUGAGACUGACAGUCAGUAUGGGACCUGGGAGACAGGACUGCGCACUGAUGACAGUCUCACUCCAGCCACGCCCAGUUCAGAGAGCAACCUCAGCCCUUCACCGAGGAAGCCCACUCCCCCAGACACACCGGGAGACCCCUCUUUGCUGUUUGAUACUGACACGGUGGACAGCCUCCCUCCCUCGUCCUCUUCUGAGAGCCAGGCCUUCUCUUUCCCUGAAGCCCCGGUCACUCUGCUGGACACAAGCGCUCUUCGCUCCAGAGCGCAUCUGGGGAAGAAACGAGCCCCUCGGUCUCGUCCCUCCAGAGCAGCUCUCCAGAGUACUGCACAGGAAGAGGACUGGCUUUACCGAGACUCCACAGAGCCAAAGGUUGAGGUGAAGGACGAUGACUCAGACUCUGAGGAGCCAGCCAGAGGAGCUGACACCACCCCUGCUGUCUCUUCUCAGCCUCAGAGGGUCGCCCUGUUCCCUGGGAUGGACCCUGUAGCUUUAAAGGCCCAGCUGAAGAAGAGAGGCGACUCUGACAAUCAAACAGAUGGACCUGCUUCCUCUCCCCAGCUCUCUCGCUCUCCCAAGUCCCCUUUCCUCCCCAGGGCGGCACGUGUACUGCCCCCUCCUGGUGGCAAAGAAAAUGGAGAGGAGGACUCUCCCCAGUGGUUAAAAGAGCUGAAAUCCAAGAAACGCUUGAGUCAAUAUGAAAACGAAAGCUAAGUUGCCUUAACAGAUGAAUCCAUGAAACAGAAGCCUUAAUGUUGGACCCACAGAGGAGGAGACGUGGAUCUACAGCUGCUGAUGUAUAUUUUUCAUUUUGAUUUUUGUUUUCUUCCCGUCUGGGUGGAUAAAUGUGCAUGGUGCCUUUUUUUAUGGAGAGUCUCAGUUUUCUCUUAUGGAAAAAAAAAAAAACAAGCAAAGAGAGAAAAACAAAACAUCAAGCUGCUCCGCUUUAUCCAUUUCAUGCUUGAAGUCAUGUGAGCUCUCCUGCACCAGGAGGAACUUCACAUGAACACUUUAUUGGGACCAGGAGAAGUUAGAGAGAGGGAGAAAAUGCCCUCACUUCCUGUCAGGAUGCAUUUCAGGAAAGGAUCAACCUGUGGGACCAUGACGCCUCUUCAUCCUGGGCGUGCUUCAUCGCAGGCUGGAGGAAAAUCCAGCCGACGCUAUAUAAGAUGUUUGUGUUGAGCAUCACUACAGGCUUUGUGCGUCAGAUCUCUCUAUGUUAUCAGACAGUGGAGGUUGUUGGACAGAGCGUUGCCAUAGGAUAACAUUUCAGACACUUCUUUUCCUUCUUGAACAUAGAGAACAAAUCACUGCUGGCUUGAUUGUCAGCACGAGUGUAUAUCAUGUUAUAUCUGUAAUCAGGAGAUGUUAUAUUUGUAUUAUCGAUGAUUUAACAAAGACAGAGAGCUAGUUUUGAAAGGUUUACCUUGAUACACUCCACAUCUCUGGCAGUGUCACAGCUGCAGCAUAUUCUAUAUCGUUCAGUCUAAAUAUGGUAUAUUUUCUUUGUGGAAGAGGAUCAGGGGACCUUUGGCCAAGCGACUUUGCAUCAAUCAGUCGUGCACACUCCUUGUCAGCACAAAAACCCUCUUGAAUCUUUUAUAAAAACACUAAUCAGCCUGUCUUCCCUGAAUAAUUGUUGAAGUGUUCACUAUAAGCCAUACUUUUGGUAGGCCUCACACUCCUCCAUCAUGUUUUCUCUCAAUAAAAGAAAAAGUGCAAUCCCCCUCUUUCCUGUCCCCAUGAGUGCACGCACAAUCUUUGCAGUCAAACCUGCUCAAACUGACCGGCUCAGAGUGUUGGGGCGUUGGCUCACACUUGUACUUCAUGGAGGGAUUGUUUGUUCACUACAUUGUUAAAAUGACUCUAAUCAUUACUACACUACAAAAAGAUUUCAACAUCAGCGUCUCUGUAAUCCUCCUCCUGAUUGCCCUCCUCCCUCCCUCUCUCUCUGCUCUUCUCUAAAGCACUUUGUCACUCGAUGCACUUCUGCACUGACCUCUGCCCCCUCGUCGGCCAUGUCUCAUCUCCUGUAUCGUUGGAGUGCUAAUGCAAUGCAAGUGAAUGUGUUGAUGGAUGGGUUGUUGCUGGUUUAUAUGUACAUGAUGUUUUGCUUUUGUCAUAAAAGUUGAGGGUUUAUAUUUUUGUCUUUCUUUGUCCCUUUUUUUAUUUGAAAGUUAAGAUGUAUGUUGCACUGUGUUGUCCUAACCAGUGUCCUAAAGCGAAAAACAAAUUCUUAAUAAAAGUUUACUUGACUUGA